AUGUCUACGCGGGCCGCCGCCCUCGUCGUUUUGGCGGGAUUUGCAACCCUGGUUUCCGGAUAUCAGUCUGCCGGUGAAGGUGACCAGUUUGAAUCCCGCGGAUACAUAAUAGAAUUCUCCGAGAGCCAUGGCCUCGAUGCCAGAGACGAGAUUCUCUCCUCACUCCCGGACCUCAACGUCACCAAGACCUUUGCAUCGGCAGUCUUUACGGGCGCCAGCGUCGAAGCGACGCUGCAGGACAUUGACGCGCUGCGCUUGAGGCCGGGCAUAUCCAACGUCUGGCACAACGAGGAGGUGCAUCUGCUCGCGCCCGUGGUCGGGCCGCGCCAGGCCGCAGCGGCGCCCAACGAGACCGCGCACGCCGUGCACUGGGCCACGGGCGUGGAGCAGCUGCACGCCCAGGGCGUGCUGGGGGAGGGCGUCAAGGUCGGGGUGGUCGACACGGGCGUCCAGUACACGCACGUGGCGCUGGGGGGCGGCCUCGGCCCCGGCUUCAAGGUGGCCGGGGGUUGGGACUUUGUCGGCGACGGCGGGUGGCCAGCCGCGGGAGCGCCCAAGGCUCCGGACGCCGACCCCAUGGACCACCAAGGCCACGGGACGCACGUGGCCGGCAUCCUGCUCGGCGAGGCGGCGUCCGGGUGGAGGGGCGUGGCGCCGCGGGCCACGAUGCACUCGUACAAGGUGUUUGGGCGCAGCAGCGGCUCGACCACGACCGAGACCAUCAUCGACGCCUUCCUCAGGGCCUACGACGACGGCAUGGACGUCAUCACGGCCAGCAUCGGCGGCCGGGGAGGGUUUGCCGAGAACGCGUGGGCGGUGGUGGCCGACAGGAUCGCCGCCGAGGGCGUCGUGGUGACCAUCGGCGCCGGGAACAGCGGAGAAGGCGGCCCGUACUACGCCAGCAGCGGCAGCUCGGGACAGCACGUGCUGGCCGUGGCGUCGGCCGAGGUGAAGAAGGGCACGGCAGCGGCAGGGGCAGACAAGAUCCAGCCGAGCUACUUCACGAGCUGGGGUGGGCUGUACGACCUCUCGGUCAAGCCCGACAUCGCCGCCCCGGGAACGGACAUCUACAGCACCUACAUCGGCGACGGCAACGACGUGUUUUCGCUGCUGAGCGGCACCUCGAUGGCGACUCCGUACGUCGCCGGCGUUGCCGCCCUCUACAUUAGCGCCAACGGCGGGAGGAGCAUCCACGGGAAGGGCUUCGCCAAGCAGCUCGCCAUGGACAUCAUGGCCACGGGCAGCCCGUUGCCGUGGCUGCGCUACUCGGACCGGACGGCCGUCCCGUCCUCGACCGCUCCGGUGCACCAAGUCGGCGGAGGCCUGGUGAACGCCACGGCAGCGAUCAGGUCCAAGAUGCAGCUGGAGCUGAAGCGCUUUGCUCUGAACGACACGCUUCACUUCCGGGGCACGCAGGUGCUCAGGCUCACCAACAGAGGGGCGACCGCCGAGUCGUACACGUUUGGCCACGAGGACUGGGCGGGCUUCGACAUGCUGCUGGUGAACCCUGCAGACACGGCCGAGACGCCGAGGAUCAGGUCCGGGCGCGAGAUGGAGCCUUUGCAACUGUCGCCGGGCGUCCGGGUGCCCGGCGCGGUUGAGCUGCAGCCCGGCCAGAGCACCGACGUUGAGUUUUCCUUCACCCUUCCGCAGGUCGCCGACGAGACGACCCUCCCGGUGUACAGCGGGAGGGUCACGGUCAAGGCCGGUGGCGGCGAAUCUGCCGCCGUCGUGUAUCAAGGAUUGGCAUUCAACCUCGGGGAGCAGAUGCGCAACCCCUACGCCGGGACGUAUCCAUGGCUGAGAUCGACGCUUGCCUACAGCAACAAGACGACGUAUGUAAAAGAAAAAGACUCCAUGAACACGGCUGACCCCAAAGCUGCUCCCAGAUUCUCCUUCAACCUGAGCGCCGCGGCGCAGGACUUUCCCAAGAUUUUCAUGAAGCUCAAAUGGGGCACCAGAGAAGUGCGCUGGGAUCCGGUCGACACCGCGCGCCCGCUAAUUGGCGCCCUUCCUGGGGCCAGCGGACUGGGCAUGCUCGGGCUUCGUCUCAACCCCGAUUGA